CUGCGUCCCUGUGUCAAAGAACUAUCUGUCAUUAUCUGGUUGAAGCAGGAGCCUCGCUCAUGAAGACAGACCUACAGGAGGAGCUGUGCCGGCUGCAAACGGAGAACCAGCUGAAGGAGGAGGUGAAGGAGGUGAAGGAGGUGCUGCAGGCGCUGGAGGAGCUCGCCGUCAACUACGACCAGAAGAGCCAAGAGGUGGAGGAGAGAGAGAGACAUGAUGGAGACGAGGACAUCAAGCUGGAGAACCACCACAAGCAGCUCAGCCGCCUCAGAGAUCCAAGACAAGCAGAGGAUGAUGGACGAGCUCCUUCUUGUUUCAACCAGGGCCUGUUACCAGCUAACACAUCACACUACAUUUUCUGUCCAGACUGCUGAAUGAUCAGAGGGAAAACCAAACCCUGGGGUAUUCCAAACUAACGUGCAAUGGCACAUAAAAUACAUAACCAACAUAACAGCAUAAC